CAAGUCAAAUGGAACAAAAAACAUCAAUAUUUCCAACACACGCGCCGCCGUCAGCGCGUGAACAAAUGUCCCAAUAAACAAAUAGCCUUCUGAUUUUCCACUGUUUUCUCGCUGGAUCCCACGUCUUCCUCGUUAGCUCUGACUGUGAAAUUGUCACCACCAGAAUACUCAAAACUGUAAAACACCAUUCUUACCCAAAAAAAGAAAAAGAAAGUUUAGCUAAGUAUUUGGCAAUUAGGAAAAAGAUCAAAUUUUUAUGUUGAUUAUAAUGUGUUUCUUGAAUUUCUGUCAAAUGGGUAGCUAGAAAAACAAGUUUUAUGAUCUGGGGUUGUCUCAUUUUUGUUUUUCUUGUUGAAAAUCUGAUCUGGGUUCUUGAGCUGCAGCUGUUGGGUUUCCAAGAUUGUUUUUUUUUUUGUUUGGUUUGAGGAGUUUUCAAGAAUGUGGAGGGACCCUGGAGCUCCUGCUGAUUCUUUCUACCAGGUUCGCCCUGAAUGUACAAAUGUUCCAAAAACAAGAUUUAGAAUCAAGGCUGGGAAAACCUUAAGUGCAAGGAAAUGGCGUGCUGCAUUUACAUCAGAAGGUUAUCUUGACAUUGGCAAAACACUGAGUCGAAUUUAUCGUGGGGGGAUUCAUCCAUCAAUUAGAGGUGAAGUUUGGGAAUUUUUAUUGGGUUGUUAUGAUCCAAAGAGCACAUUUGAAGAACGAGAGCAGAUACGACAACGGAGGAGGGUCCAGUAUGCUGUACUGAAAGAAGAAUGUCACGCAAUGUUUCCCAUGAUUGGAAGUGGUAGUUUUAUUACUGCACCUGUAAUUACUGAAAAUGGUGACCCUAUAGUAGAUCCUAUUACUCUCCAAGAGGCACAAGCAGCAAAAGAAUUAUAUUCAGGUGGUCAACAAAACGGCAAUCCUGGAUGGGAAAAGGUAAAGGAGCAUGACAAAAGAAUAAUCCAGUGGAAACUCUCAUUACACCAGAUAGGACUCGAUGUUGUUCGGACUGACAGGACACUUGUCUUUUAUGAGAAACAGGAGAAUCUAUCCAAGCUUUGGGAUAUUCUGUCUGUUUAUGCUUGGUUUGACAAAGAUAUCAAUUACUGUCAAGGAAUGAGCGAUCUCUGUUCUCCCAUGAUUAUUCUUCUUGAUGAUGAAGCCGAUGCAUUUUGGUGCUUUGAACGCCUAAUGAGGAGACUGAGAGGAAAUUUCAGAUGCACCGAGAGGUCUGUCGGAGUAGAAGCUCAGCUGAGUAAUCUUGCUUCAGUAACACAAGUUAUUGACCCUAAACUUCAUCACCACUUAGAGACAUUAGGUGGAGGUGAUUACCUAUUUGCUAUCCGUAUGCUCAUGGUUUUGUUCCGUCGAGAAUUCUCUUUUGCUGAUUCAUUAUAUCUUUGGGAGAUGAUGUGGGCGUUGGAAUACGAUCCCGACUUGUUUCUUAUGUAUGAAGACCCUGACUUAGCUGCUGCAAAAUCUGAAGGAUCUAAAGGAAGAGCAAAAUCAACACGCCAGUGUGGGAAAUUUGAGAGAGAAAAUCUGAAAAAUCGAAGCAAAGGUACUGAAGCUCCACUCCCAAUUUCCGUUUUCCUAGUAGCCAGUGUCCUCAAGGACAAGAGCACAAAGUUGCUUACAGAAGCUAAAGGACUAGACGACGUUGUUCAGAUACUGAAUGACAUGACUGGAAACCUGGACGCGAAGAAGGCUUGCACUAGUGCAAUGAAACUUCACAAGAAAUAUCUCAAAAAGGCAGCCAAUGCCAACAGGUAACAAAACACAAAAGCCAAAGAAAGCGCGUUACGCAAUUCAUAAGCCAUGAAGGUAAUGUAAAAAUGAAGCUUGUGAUGGUACUUCCCCUGUUCAACGUUGCAACAGUGUUGCUACAGGGUAAGAAUCCUAUCGCGAUUUUCGAUAUUUGAUUCAGGUAUUUUUGGUUAUGUUGAGGAAGAGGUACUGUUUUCGAAUACAUUACUAUGGCUUGAUUUAUUGAAGCCAAUGUAACUCCAAUUUGGGAGUCCUUUUGUAUACCAAGACACAACACAUUUUCUUUUCUAGUUUUAAAUAAAAAACUAAAAUUUUUCAUA